AUGCAUCUUGAGAAAGCUCAAAUCUCCCAGUCUAGACUGGAGGAUUUGAAAUCAGCUGACAUAAAAUUAAGUCCAGAGAUCAAGAGGGAGCCGCGCUCACAAUCAAACCGACUCUGGCGCCGCCGGCUGCGUUCUCCCGUGUUACUUAACGAUGGCCGACGUGGCUUUAAGCCUAAACGAUCCAGACUCUCUUCACCCGUUGUAGUCAAAGAUGACGAAGAUCGUGCUACCUUACGCUUUGCUGAACAAAGUCGUGGAGGCAGGCCAGAAUCAUCCUCCCGCGUACGUUCGCCCAGGAAUCGUGGGCGUCGACUGCGAGAUAGCCACCAUUUCACUGACGACAGACAUGUGGAAUGGGGCAAGCGAGUGGGAGAUGGCAAACCAGCAGCAAAAAAACCUAAGGAGCAACCAAAUUUUGAGCUCUCUGGUAAGUUGGCGGCAGAUACAAAUACGUACAAGGGUGUUGUUAUCAAAUACAACGAGCCGGAGGAUGCGAGGAAACCAACAUCCUUUUGGCGCCUUUAUCCAUUUAAGGGUAAUGAAGCCCUUAAGGUUAUGCAUAUUCACCGCCAAAGUGGUUAUCUUAUUGGCAGUGCUCAACACAUUGCGGACCUACCGAUGGCGCAUCCUAGCAUCUCAAAACAGCAUGCUGUUCUGCAGUUCCGCUUCACGAAGGGCAGAGUUCGGCUGUACGUCAUUGAUCUUGAGUCCACAAAUGGGACUUUCCUCAACAACAAGAAAAUUGAGCCUCGUCGAUACUACGAACUACGCGAAAAGGACGUUUUGAAAUUUGGUUAUUCUACGCGCGAGUACGUAGUGAUGACCGAUCAAGUAGCUACUGAAUCAGAUAAGGACGAGUGA